CAGAACUAAAGGCCGACAAUAGAGGAUACACAUUUAAAAUUAACUCUGGCUGCUUAGAAAUUAGAACAUCGUUUUCUUUACACGUGGAGCUUAUGUAAACAUGAAAGAUAAUCUUUCAUCAAACUCAGUACACAAAUGCUGGAUGUAAAUAUGCCAUGUGUACAUGCCGAGCUGCUACCUUCACAGUGUGUACAGGUACAGUGUGUUUCGUGUACAACAAACCAGAUAACAAUCAUCGAUCAGAACGGGUUGAAGAGUGCCUCAUGAGGUGCUGCUAGCAUGACCACAAUGGACACGCUCCACUGCGCAUGCCAGGUCUCCCACGGCGGGGUCACCUCCUACAGACCACCUGACCACCUCCAACUUCCCUGAAAACAAAACUACGAUGACGUCGUUCCUCCCCGUGGAAGAACGCAUCGUCCUCGUCAUGCCUGACGAUCUCCCCUUCAACGCCAGCCUGCUCGGCCACAACGACACCAACAGCAGCAGCGGCAACAGCACGGAGGAAAUCAUCGACUACAGCUGGAGUUUCGAGUUCUCCGUCAUCCUCGCCAGCAUCCUCUCCGUCGCCGCCUUCUGCAUCAUCGUCGGCAACUGCAUGGUCCUGAUGGUUAUAGUCCGCCACAGAGGGAUGCGAACCCGGACUAAUCUCUUCCUGGUCAACCUCGCUGUCGCCGAUCUUUUCGUCGGUCUUUUCGUUGUACCUUUCACUAUAACCACGUUAGUAGAAAACAAAUGGAUCUUCGGAGACGGGAUUGUAUGUAAAUUCAACGGGUGGAUGAACAGCUUCUGUUUAAUUAGCUCCAUCCAUACGCUGAUGUAUAUAAGUAUACACAAGUAUUAUUCCAUAGUUCGGCCGCUGAGCAACCCGCUCAAGUUGAGUUACAUCAUAGGCAUGAUGGCGGCGGCCUGGGUGUGGGCGGGGGUGUGCUCCACCAUGAACAUCAUGGGGCUGAAGGUGGAGUACAAGCCCGGGACGUCGCAGUGCGGCCCCAGGUACCCGGAUGACGUGCAGAGUUUUAUCAUACACGGGAUCCUGCAGGUCACCGUUAUACUGAUACCUCUCAUAAUCCUCGUCUUCUGCUACACCCGGAUGUUCCAGGAGAUCAAAAAACACUCGGAUCGUCUCCGCACCAACUCGACCGUGGCGGAGGACCUGAUCCUCACCCAGCAGAAGAAGGUGGCCGUGACCUUGCUCAUCGUCCUGGCCACGUUCGUCAUCAUGGCCCUCCCGUACCACGCCUACGCCAACUACACCACCAUCAUCAAAGACAAGAAACACUUUUCCAGUUACCUCAACCCUAUA